CCCAAGAACACCAGCACCAGCCUAGCCUUGAGUGAAGUGGAACUGGCAGUUAUUCUCACCGGCGCUCCUUCUCCCGCUUGCUCAGGGAGCAGUUUAUUAAGCUCAAGUCCUCCGUGUCGCCUGUCGCGACGGUAUGGAGACGGUGCUCCCGUGAUCUUUUCUUAUCCUGUGAUAGCGUUUUCUUUCCAAGCAUGGCCUCGAAAAGUGCGGUUUUGCCUCUGAUGAGGCAUCAAGCGCGAUCGUCUACCUCGCUCCCUCCCCAAUCAUACCGUCGCUUGUCGGUUCUGUCGCGAACUGGUCGCACUAAAGAUGGUUUCUCAGCUCUCGCUACAAGGCGCGCCGGUGCCUACCCCUCGGUGCUCGGUGCCCGCAGCUACGGACACGUUCAAGCCCGGCCCUUUUCACAGUCGCUGUCGCGGAAUUUGACUGAUGAAAAUGGUAACUUCGAUCCUCGUCAGCUGGAUAGAGAGUCGGAUGAAGUCGACGUGUGUAUCGUCGGUGGUGGCCCCGCUGGCUUAUCAGCGGCGAUUCGAUUGAAACAGCUCGCCAACGAGGCUGGAAACGAAGAAUUCCGUGUGAUUCUCCUUGAAAAGGCCGGCGAACUGGGAGCCCACAUCCUCUCCGGCAAUGUUCUCCAACCCACUGCCCUCGACGAGCUUCUGCCAGAUUGGCUGUCGGAAGACAACCCGGAUCGAUUCGAGUUUGCCACGCCGGCGAAAAGCGACAAGAUGCGCUUCCUCACAAAGAACUCGUCCUUCCCAAUCCCUGCCCCGCCACAGAUGCACAACCACGGCAACUACAUCAUCAGCUUAAACCAGUUGACGAAAUGGCUAGGGGAACGGGCAGAGGAGAUUGGCGUGGAGGUCUACCCUGGAUUCGCAGCGAGUGAGUUGGUCUAUAAGCCCGAUGGGUCGGUGAAAGGUGUUGCGACCAAUGAUCUGGGCCUCGACCGGGAGGGCAAGGCGAAGGACACAUACGAGCGAGGAAUGGAGUUCCACGCCCGGGUGACUCUACUCGCGGAGGGCUGCCAUGGGAGCUUGACGAAGCAGGCGAUUAAGAAGUUUGACCUUCGUCGCGACAGUCAACCGCAAACAUACGGACUCGGGAUUAAGGAAAUCUGGGAGAUUCAGCCGGAAAAGUUCAACUCCGGCGAGAUUGUGCACUCGAUGGGUUACCCGCUGCCCAAGGAUACGUAUGGAGGUGCGUGGAUGUACCAUUUCGGCGACAACAUGGUCAGCAUAGGUCUGGUGGUUGGCUUGGAUUACCCCAAUCCGUGGCUCUCGCCAUACGGAGAGUUCCAGAAGCUCAAGCACCACCCUCUCUUCAAGGAUGUUCUGGAGGGCGGAAAGUGCAUCUCCUAUGGCGCCAGGGCCCUGAACGAGGGUGGCUUCCAGUCCAUUCCCAAGUGUGCGUUCCCCGGAGGCGCUCUGAUCGGCGACACCGCUGGCUUCCUGAACGUUCCCAAAAUCAAGGGAACCCAUACGGCCAUGAAGUCUGGAAUGCUUGCAGCGGAGGCCACAUUUGCAGCUCUUCAAUCCACCGACGAUGGGACCGUGUUCCUCUACGACUACGAGGAAUCGCUCCGCAAGUCGUGGAUCUGGAAGGAGCUGCACGAGGUGCGCAACAUGAGGCCAUCCUUCAGCACCGCCCUCGGACUCUAUGGCGGUAUUGUCUACUCCGGCCUGGAGGCCUUCGUUUUCCGGGGCAAGAUGCCCUGGACCCUGAAACACCACGGUACAGACGCCACCGCCACGGGCAACGCAGCUGAUUACCCGAAGAUCGAGUAUCCCAAGCCGGACGGCAAGAUCAGCUUCGACAUUCUCACCAGCGUGAGUCGCACGGGUACGAACCACGAAGAAGACCAGCCGGUGCACCUGCAGGUCAAAGACUGGGAUAAACACACCGACAUCGCAUGGCCGCAGUACAAGGGCGUGGAGAAUCGGUUCUGCCCUGCUGGCGUCUACGAGUACGUUGAAGACCCGUCCAAGAAACACGGUGUCCGCUUCCAGAUCAACGCGCAAAAGUAUGUUUCCUGUCAUCCCCCUCCCUCUUCGACCCUCCUCUUUGCUAACAGCAUCUAGUUGCAUCCACUGCAAGACCUGCGAUAUUAAAGUGCCCACCCAAGACAUCAACUGGCAGACUCCUCAAGGCGGAGAGGGUCCCAAAUACUUCAUGACCUGAGCGCAGGCCUUUCUGGAGGAACCGACAUUUUUGCUUGUAAAUAAUACCCAAAAAUUUAUAUUUUUUUAUUCCCCUUCAACAGGAAUUUCUCUGUAUCAAGACAAGAAACCGUGCUUAGGUAGGUAGACUAUUAUAGCACAGUGCCGGUUCAGCAUCCUGGUCCUUGGGUGGCGAACAUGAGUUACCCCCGUGGGGGGGGGGUAUUGAACCGUGGAAACCGCCGAUUUUCUCUGGUUCCAGCGGUCUAAUAGUGUAAACAAACAAUCAAGAACAUCUACACCAUAGAAAAUAAAGACCAAGAAUAGAAUUGGCUUCGU